CUUAUUGCCCAGCACGGCAAACGUUCUCAGACGGUGGUUUCAUAAAGCAGUGCCUCAUCAAAGUCACAGAAAUAAUGUGCCCGGAGAAAGUGCAGGAUUUCAACAACGUGAGCUUAUCCAGAAAUACAGUGGUGCGGAGAAUCGAGGACUUGUCAGCUAACGCGAAACUUCAGCUGAGAGACAAAGCUGGUGCUUUUGAUUUUUACUCGAUAGCAUGCGAUGAGAGUACAGAUGCUACAGACACUGCGCAGCUGUUCAUUUUUUUGCGGGGAGUAGAUGAUAAUUUUUGCUGUACGGAGGAGCUGCUUGAUAUGAUGAGCCUAAAAGGCACAACGACGGGUAGAGAUAUUUUUGAAGCUGUGUCAGAGGCAGUUGAAAAGAUGGGGCUUAAAUGGGACAAGCUCUGUGGAGUAACAACGGAUGGAGCUCCGGCCAUGACGGGUGAUCGCAAAGGAAUGGCAUCGAUGGUGUGCGCCAAGGUAAAAGAGAGCGGAGGGUCUUGAUCCGGUGGUCCUCCAUCUACACCUUGAUUGACCUGGCUGUGUGGCAUGGAUCAUUGUCCUGCUGGAAAAAGUGAUCCUCAGAGUUGUCAGAGCAGAAGGAAGCAAGUUUUUUCCAGGAUAAAAUUGUACGUGUCUUGAUUCAUGCAUCCUUCACAAAGAUGAAUCUACCCAAUUCCAGCCUUGCUGAAGCACCCCCAAGUCAUCACUGAUCCUAACAUCACAAUGCAGUUGAACUAUGCUAAAAAUACUAGCCCAUGAGCCCUGCACGUGCACACAGAUCAGCGCAUCACCAGUUCAUUCUGAAGCGCACAGACCAUGUUUAUCUGUAUUUAAUCGUAGCCUUUGGCAGGUAAAUAAUCAUAUCUCCAUUUUGAUGUUAUUUUGAUGAAUUAUACAGCCCUGAAGGAUUGUGAAAUUAGUCUACUGAUGCACUCUAUGAAACGUAAUGGCCAAAUAAAAGGCUCAUUAAAAUAAUCGCGAUAUUCACAAUAUUGUUGAAUUUUACAUUGUCAGCAAAAUCAUUGUGAUUAUAUCGCCCAGCCCUAACAUG